AGGCGGACUGCUCCAUCGGCUGUUGCUGGACGCACGUGCCGCCCUGCGACUAGCCAGCCAGGCGGGCGCACGAACCCAGCACCGCAGGCGCAUGCCCGACCCGGGGUGUGGCUCCGAAGGCCGCGUGCAUGCCGUACACCCGCAUGCUGCACCGCCUCGCAGCGGCCCCGCGGCGCCGGUAGCCGCAGCCGGCGCAGCGCAGGACCCCACCCUGCACCAGGCGCAACCACAACCGCAGCAGUCGCAGCAGCAGCAAUUGUCACAGCGAAGACAGUCACAGCAGUCCUUGCAAGUGCUGCCCCAACAGCAACAAAGGGCUGGAAGCAGCAGUCGUACUUCCUCGGCGGGAAGCGGCGCAAGUGGGGUAACCACCACCGCCACCACCCCUCGCCCUACCACCCUGGCAGCAACAGCAGCUGCAGCUGCAGCAACAGCGGCAACUGGUAGCGACAGCAGUGGCGGUGGCGCCAUUGCGUCCCUCCGGUCCUCCUCACCCCGUACCGAUGGCGGCGGCGGCGGCAGAGUUGUCCCGCCAAAGCUGACCUCCCUCCCAAGCCGCGAGACGGGCUUCCUGUCUGCCCGGACCCUGUCAUGGAAGGCCUCCCCCCGAACACCCGCUGCGGGUACGGGUGCCGGCAGGGGUGGCGGUACGGCAGCGGGCGCGGCGGCGGCUGUUGCCACCAUGCGAAGGCAGGAGUCCUCGCCCGCUGCCAGCGGAAUUUCGGCAGGGCGGUACGGCAGCAGCCUCAGCAGCCCGGCGGCGUCUAGGCGUGCAUGGGACGCUACUGGAAGUGGUGGCGGCGGCGGCAGCACGGGUGGUAGCAGCAGUAUGGGGAGCUCGCAUUGCGAGGGCGAGGAGGCGGGCGGCAUUGCGGCGUGUGCUGGUAAUCUGAGUGCGCGUGGAGGGGGCGGUGGAGGUGGAGGUGCGAGAGGAGGAGGAGGAGCAACAUGGAGGAGUCCAGCGGGUGGUGGCGGGGGCGGUGGGAGCAACAGCAGCAGGAGCUUGAUGAGCGGCGGCAAGCCGUACAGGGUGCAGUACGAACGGCAGCUGUCGUACAGUGCGACGACGCCGAGGGGUAACACCAGCAGCCGGUACGGCUCUCAGCAACAACAGCAACAGCAACAACAACAGGAGCCGCAGCAGUUUCGCGGAGCCGGUGGUGGUGGUGGUGGUGGUUACGGGAGCAGCUUCAGGGGAGGAGGCAGCACAUCGGGGCCUGCUGCACCUCCUGCAGUUGAGGAGGAGGGAGCUCCGGCAGUGUCCGUGGGCGGGGGCCGCCCCAUUAUCUCCCUCGCCGCUGCCUCAGGGGUGGUGCUGGCGGCUGCUCAGGAGCCCGCCUGCCACAUACUCGCCAUCCAAUCGGACGGGCGGCUGCGCGGCCUCUGCCGGCUGCCGCUGCUGCACUUGGACGCGGCGCAUGCGGACCUGGUGGCCCUCACGGCGGACGGCGCCACCGCGGCCGCCUCCAUCGCACCGCUACCCGCCUGGUCUCCACCCGGGGCAUGGGCGGCGGGAGCAGGGGCUACAACGGCUGGCGGCGGCGGCGGUGGUGGUGGUGGUGCUGCUGCUGCUGCUGACGGAGGCGGCGGUUCCAGGCCGCGGCUGCUGGCGCUCAUAGACGUGGCGACAGGGCGCGUUGCGCGGGAGCUGCGACCUGCCUCCCGCAGCCGCAUCACCGCCCUGCUGCUCAGCCCUACCUCCAACCUCAUGGCCAGCGGCUGCGCGGGAUCGUGGGCGCGGCUGUGGGAUGUACGGCAGGGCAGCAGCCGCUGCGCGCCCGCCGUGUCGCUGGCCACUCGGCAGGGCGGCGUGGCGGCGCUGCUGUCGGACAGCGGCAGGCUGAGACUGUACACGGGCGGCAGGGACGGCACCGCAGCGGAAUGGG